CACUACUUUGCAUUUAGUAAAAUGAAGAUAACGAUUUUUAUGUCAAAUGUAUUUUCAUAUGUAUAACAAAUGUGUGACAGAGAUUACUCUAACCUGUAAUGGAUAGUGUAAAAAGAAAGAAGAGGUGUGUUAUCUGCCAACCUUGUCAGGAGGCAAAUACAUGUACAAGGACAAAGGCGGAUGGAUUAUGUCAGGAGUGUAAGGAAUAUAUGUGUCGAACAUGUUUCCACCACCAUCUAAAGGCAAAAUAUUGCAGAGCCCAUGUCUUGCUUGAUUUGUCAGAAGCAGAACAUACAAACACAAGCAGGGAAGAUGUUGAAAAAUGUGAAAAACACAAAAACGAAACUGUCCGUUUUUACUGCCGGAAACAUGACCAAGUAGGCUGUGGCGACUGUAUGUUAUUCGACGGACACGGUACAUGUCAUCUUGAAUAUAUAAAGGAUAUUUCUGUGAACUUUCGAAAUGGGGAAGAAUUUAAACAUCUGACAGAGAAGCUAGAGACUUUAGAGUCAGACAAUAAUUCUAUACACAUAAACAUUCAGAAGAGUAUAAAAGGCAAUAAUGAGAUGAACGCAAAACUAAUUGGCUAUGUCAAAACAUUUCGAAAAAGUAUCAAUAGUUAUUUGGACGAAGCUCAGGCUAAUUGCUUAUCAUAUGCAAAUAAAUUGCAUUCGGAAAAAGACGACUUAUUAAAAAAAAAAGAAGCUGGCUGCCAGGGUAUUGUUUCAGAAAUUGAAGGGCACAAGCAGAAAUUAGACAGUGAACAUAACCCGGAUCGCGUACUGUUCAUACAUUCAGUUGUAGUUAAAUCUAAACUGCAGCUGAUCGAAGAUGCCAUAAACAAAAACAGGUUUUCAAAUGAAAUUGACAAUAUUGCUUUCAAGCCUUGUGAAGAAUUGUGUGAAAUCGUAACAAAAUCUAACAGUUUUGGAUGUUUCGAACAGGUGCCUCCUCGAGAAAGUAGCAUCUCCUCAGGCAUACCAGUCAACACAGCGAAUAGGGUAAUAGUGAAGAGAACCAGUACAACUACUGCUUGUAAAGACGCGAAUUUGGCAUCUGUCAAAAAUCAAAACACUUAUCAGAAUGUCAAAGAAACUUCUGGAGAUUUUUGGAUCUUCGUCGAACUCCAAUCUCCUAGACAAACAAAAGCAUAUUUUGUUGAUCCAUGUGAACCUAUUUCUGCACUCAAAGCUAGGAUUCACCACAAAGAGGGCAUAUCUGUUGACAUCCAAAGGGUGAAAUUAAAACUAGCUUUCCUUGGGAAACUACUUGACGACACACGCAGUAUUAUGGAUUAUGGUAUACAGAGAGGAAAUACGUUGAACUGCUUUUGGAGGUUGGAUAAGCCAUCAGAAGAAGCAACAUCGUAAUAUCAUAUCAUUUACACAAAAAAAACUAAAUACUAAGUUCACAAUUAAUUUCUAAUUAUUAGUUAUACUUUCUGAAAGAAUAUGUGGCAAAACUGGUAACUUGAUAUCGAUAUCACUUUUCCUCAGUGAUUAUAAUCACUGAUGGUCAAAUAAACACCCAAAAUCGUUUAAAUGAAAGACUAAUCGAGGUUAAACUCACUUGUCAUGUUUUGUCUAGCCAAAGUAUUUCAUCUUUAUAGGUUAGUAUGUGAUAAAUAGCAUAUAAACACAGGCAUUUACGCACGACUGAAAUCGGUUGGUGUUCAAAAUGUUUUAAUUGUUGAAUUAACACAGAUGAAAACAUUCGGUUAAAUUGGUGUGUUUUUAAAAUAAACACAUGUCAUGACAUCAUCUAUCCAAGCAGUGUACUAUAAAAUUGUACUAUUUUAACUAAUACUGUUAAGUCAUAGUUUGUACACAUUACGGCCUUUUUGCAUGCCAUUCGAGUUGUAUCUCACCUAUGCUGGAAUCCUUUUUGAUGUCAUUCCAAAAUCCAUAUCAGUUUACGGUUUUGUUGAUAAUCAUAUAGCAAAUAAAAGCUUUCGUCCUACAACUGUUUCCAUAGAAUCACAAGCGAUCGGAGACCUUGAACGGUGCGCAAUUGUUGACUGGAUGAAUAGAAACAAAGUGAAAAUUAACACUUCAAAAACUAAAUUUAUCAUGUUUGUCAGCAGACCUCAAUUGAACGAAUGUUUUACAAAUUCGACUAACAUUGCUGGUGAUGAUAUCAAACGUGAAAGCACAGUUAGAUAUCUCGGUGCAUUUCUUUAAAGAUCAUGUAAAUCGCAAAUGUCGUACAGCCAUGUUGAAUUACCUACGAAUUAAGAACAUCCGUAACUAUUUAAAAAAGAAACAGCCACUGAAAUUUUAGUUUUGUCUCUAGUUAUUUCACAUCUGGAUUACUGCGAUGUUAUACUGUAUGGUGUAGCUAACGGUGAGGUGCGUAAGAUGCAACGUAUUCAAAACAUGUGCGUAAAACUUGUCCUUAACAGAAGGAAAUUUGGCAGUUCUAAACAAGCAUUGUAUGACCUACUUUGGUUGCCGGUGAAAGCAAAAAUUGAGGUCAAGAUACUUCCUUUCAUGUGUAGCUGUCACAUAGGCAGGGUACCGAUUUAUUUAACAGAAUUGCGUAUACAGUAUACUCCUAGUAGACAAGGUUUGAAAUCGUCAGAAAAUUCUGAAUGUCAUUAAGUAGUUCCAUACAACAAGUGUAAAACAUUCAAUGAUAGAAGUUUCUGUACUAUUGGUCCAAAACUUUGGAAUGAACUGCCGUUAGAACUAAGCAAAAGUAAAUCAUUCGACACUUUCAAAAAAAUCUUAAGACACGGAUUUCAGAGACUCCAUGUCAAUGUUCUAAUUUUUUUGAUAACUGUUUUAUACGCGAUAGCAGCAGAUGAUAGUUUUUAAAUCUUUGUAAAAGGUUUUACAUUUCAACAUUUAUAUGUUUGUUUAAUUAAACUUACUUGUUGGUACAGGCUCUGUG